AUGGCAAGGAGUUCUUUGGACAAAACUAGACACAGGCCAAUGAAUGUAACAGGAGUGGCAGAAUUUGUCCUUUUGGGUCUAACUGAUCAUCCUGACCUGCAGAUGCCAUUAUUCAUUGUGUUUCUGAUGCUUUAUGUAACAACGGUAGCUGGAAACAUGCUCAUUUUCACCAUGAUUGUGAUAGAUCCAUUGCUUCACACACCAAUGUAUUUUUUCCUCAAAGUUUUGUCUUUUAUAGAUGUUUGCUAUUCUUCAGUUACUCUCCCCCAAAUGCUAGUGAAUUUCUUUUCAGUGGAGCAGAAGAUAUCACGCAUUGCUUGUGCCACACAAAUGUUUUUCCUGCUUUUCUUGGGAGCUUCAGAAUGUUUCCUCUUAGCAGUAAUGGCCUAUGACCGUUAUGUAGCCAUAUGCAAACCACUGAGGUACAUGUCCAUCAUGAACAAUACAGUUUGCAUUUCGUUGACAGUUCUUUCUUGGUUCAUUGGGAACUUGGUAUCCCUGGUUCAGACAUCUUGGGUGUUCUCCUUGCCAUUCUGUGGCUCCAAUCAAAUUGAUUAUUUUUUCUGUGAUAUCCCACCUUUAAUUAGACUUUCAUGCAUUGACACUUCUUUUUAUGAGAUACAACUCUUCGCAGCUACCAUUUUAGUUAUUUUUACUCCUUUUUUCUUUAUCCUUGUGUCAUAUAUCCUGAUUAUUUCUAACAUUCUAAAGAUGAAGUCAUCUGAGGGCCGUCAAAAAGCCUUUUCUACCUGCUCUUCUCAUCUCAUGGUGGUGACCCUGUACUAUGGGAGUGGCAGCUUGAUUUAUCUAAGGCCUAGGUCUAUUCAAGCAAAGGACAGUAACAAAGUGUUGGCUUUGAUGUACACUGUCAUCACACCCAUGCUGAACCCACUUAUCUACAGUCUAAGGAAUAAGGAGGUCAAUGGAGCAAUCCAAAGGAUGAUGCGCAAGACAAUGAACAGAGUGUGUUUUCAACAGAGGUAA